GCGGCGGCAGUGGCGGCGGCGGCGGCGGCGGCGGCAGCGGCGGCGCGGCGCGGCGGCACCAUGGAGGCGGCGGCCGCGGCUCCGCGUCCCGGGCUGCUGCUGCUGCUCCUCCUCGUGCUGGCGACGGCGGCGACGCUGGUCCCGGGAGCCGCGGCAUUGCAGUGUUUCUGUCAUCUCUGUACCAAGGACAAUUUCACUUGUGUCACAGAUGGACUUUGUUUUGUCUCUGUCACAGAGACUACAGAUAGAGUUAUACACAAUAGCAUGUGUAUAGCUGAAAUCGACCUAAUUCCUCGAGACAGACCAUUUCUAUGUGCACCGUCCUCAAAAAGUGGAUCUGUUACUACAACAUACUGCUGCAAUCAGGACCACUGCAAUAAAAUAGAGCUACCAACUGUUGGCCCUUUUCCAGGAAAGCCAUCAUCUGGCCUUGGUCCCGUGGAACUGGCAGCUGUCAUUGCUGGACCAGUCUGCUUUGUCUGCAUCUCACUCAUGUUGCUGGUCUAUAUCUGCCACAACCGAACUGUCAUUCACCACCGAGUGCCAAAUGAAGAGGAUCCUUCAUUGGAUCGUCCUUUUAUUUCAGAGGGUACUACAUUAAAAGACUUGAUUUAUGAUAUGACAACAUCAGGUUCUGGAUCAGGUUUGCCAUUGCUUGUUCAGAGAACGAUUGCAAGAACUAUUGUGUUACAAGAAAGUAUUGGCAAAGGUCGAUUUGGAGAAGUUUGGCGAGGAAAGUGGAGAGGAGAAGAAGUUGCUGUUAAAAUAUUUUCCUCUAGAGAAGAACGUUCAUGGUUUCGUGAGGCUGAAAUUUAUCAAACUGUAAUGUUGCGUCAUGAAAACAUCUUGGGAUUUAUAGCAGCCGACAAUAAAGACAAUGGUACCUGGACUCAGCUCUGGUUGGUUUCAGAUUAUCACGAGCAUGGAUCUCUUUUUGAUUAUUUGAACAGAUACACAGUUACUGUGGAAGGAAUGAUAAAACUUGCUCUGUCUACAGCAAGUGGACUUGCUCAUCUCCACAUGGAAAUCGUUGGUACCCAAGGAAAACCAGCCAUUGCUCAUAGGGAUUUGAAAUCGAAAAAUAUCUUGGUCAAGAAGAAUGGAACUUGUUGUAUUGCAGACUUGGGACUGGCAGUAAGACACGAUUCAGCCACAGACACAAUUGAUAUUGCGCCAAACCAUAGAGUGGGAACAAAAAGGUACAUGGCCCCUGAAGUUCUAGAUGAUUCCAUAAAUAUGAAACACUUUGAGUCCUUCAAACGUGCUGACAUCUAUGCAAUGGGCUUAGUGUUCUGGGAAAUAGCUCGACGAUGUUCCAUUGGUGGAAUUCAUGAAGAUUACCAGCUGCCUUACUAUGAUCUUGUACCUUCUGACCCAUCCGUUGAAGAAAUGAAAAAAGUAGUUUGUGAACAGAAAUUAAGGCCAAAUAUUCCCAACAGGUGGCAGAGCUGUGAGGCUUUGAGAGUAAUGGCUAAAAUCAUGAGAGAAUGCUGGUAUGCCAAUGGCGCCGCUCGGCUUACAGCCCUGCGGAUUAAGAAGACUCUGUCACAGCUCAGCCAGCAGGAAGGCAUUAAGAUGUAAGGCUGCGCCUUCGCUUGAACUCGCCUUUCCCUUCACAUCUGCUCCUGGGUGUAAUCCAGAAGGUCACUUGUUCUACCUCACUGAGAGGGAACAGAGGAUAUUGCUUCCUUUCACAAGGGUGUGAUGAGGCCAACUGAGAACUCCCCAGGAUUUCUUUGGAUCCAGGAAACCAUCGUGUGGGUCCUUCCUGUGCACUAUGAACGCUUCUUUCCCAGGACAGUUACAAAAUGUUGUGUAGUCUACCUUUAUUUUUUAUUAACACAGAACUUGUUUUUUAAAAGAUGAUUGCUGGUCUUAACUUUAGGUAACUCUGCUGUGCUGAAGAUCAUCUUUAGGGGUAAAGGAGCUGGAUUGCUGUUACACAAAACAUUUCUUAUUUUUUAAGAAAGUGAUUUCCUCCUGGUUAGUACAUUCUCAGAGGAUUCUGAACCACUAAAGAGUUUCCUUGAUUCAGACUUUGAAUGUACUGUUCUAUGAUUUUCAGGAUCUUAAAACUAAUACUUUAAAAACUCUUAUCUUGAGUCUAAAAAUGACCUCAUGUAGUAGUGAGGAACAUAAUUUAUGCAAUUGUAUUUUGUAUAUUAUUAUCGUUCUUUCACACAUUCAAAACAUUACAUGCCUUCAAAAUGGGAUUGUACUAUACCAGUAAGUGCCACUUCUGUCUUUCUAAUGGAAAGUAGUAGAAUUGCUUAAAGUCUGUAUUUCUUAAUACCUGUCCAUCAUGUUUUCAUUCAAAAAGUUUUGUUUAUCUUGUUAACCCAGAUUUUUUUCUGUCUCAUUUUUUUGGGAAAGGUUUUUGUGGUAUGUUAUUCAGUACUCCAUGGUUGAAAAUGCCUUUCUCCUACCAAAAUGUGCUUAACCACUAAAGAAAUGAAGUGGCAUUAAUUGGUAAACUAAUAUGGUUAUAUUUGAAUAUUUUCACGUCAGGCUUUUGAAUUUGAGUUGUGUUAUUUAAGUAUACUUUAAAAAUUCAAGUGGCACUCUUAGACACUUAGAAUUACUUUUAAUAAUUUAAAAUUUGUUGCAUAUGGACUAAUUUUUCUAAAGUGGAAAGUUGGUGUAGAUGCUUGUGAAAAACUGUGGCAUCUGAAAGUCAUUUUCUUCUCUAUCCGAUCAGAGACAGUGUUUUUUUUUUUUUUUAAGAAGUGAAUUACAUUUAAAAAUUGAAUAUGGUUAAUGUUAAAUAGUAGGUUUUUCCUUGGAAAGAUAAUUGAUUGUUUGAGUAGCUGACGGGUAUGCAGGAGAUUCAUAUUCAUUACUUGGCAGUCUGUGUUUGGUGGGUUUUCUGUCUGUAACUGAAGCUAGAGUUGGAGUGUUUUAAGGUUUCACUGCUCUGGAGGAAAGAGGAAGGCAGCUUUUAUUUUAAUUCAGUCUCCUGUGUGCAAACACUGCACUUGUUUCACUUCUGUGGGCAUGUGAUGGGUUCAUUGAACCCCUGGGAUCUGAGAGAUAGCUAAGGAAUAUUCUGAGGAGAGAUUCUCUAUUUUAUAGAUGAUUUGAUCAAAUUAAAUGUUUAAGCAAGCUUGUCAUGUCUUCUCAAUAGUGUGUGUAAAUGAGCUCGGAAUGAUUGGUUUGUACUUCCAGUACUCGAAGUCCUGUGUCAUCUUUAAUGUGGUAAAACAAUAACAAUAACAGCAGCAACAAUUGCCUUAGCUGUGAGGCAAGACAUGGGCUUGGAUAGUGCUUUUAAUUUCUCACUGAAAGGGUCAUACUAACCUAUCCAGGACUUUGGUCAGUAGAGGUAGUGGCUAUUUACACUGAGCUGCUUUCUGAGGUCUUAUUACUUAUGGGUAAAUAAGUUUGGGAACUCUUAUUUGGUCUUAAUGCCAAAGUAAUUUUAGAAUGAAUGACAUACUACAUAGGAAUUUAAUGUCAAUUUCAUGUGUUUAAAGACAUCAUGGGCAAAUAUGGUAGAGGUUAAUAUUUUGCUGUUACCAUGAUUUUUUAUCAUAGCAUAUGAAUGCAUUUGAGGGUUUUUUUUAUAAUUGUGUCAUAUUUCCUGUUUAAUAAUCUCUAGCUCUUUGAUCAGGUACUUUUUUUAAGCCAUUUCUAAGCCUACCAGAUUUGCUUUAUGAAAUUCAGGGGACCAAUGCAUUUUGUCACUAAAACUUAUUUUUUAUAAUUUUAAGAACAUACCAAAAGUUCUUGUCUGAUUUAAAGUUGUGAUACAUGAUUUAUCACUUUCACAAAAGGUAAACAGCUUUUGCUGAAUAUUAUUUACUAAAUCAAAGAUUGAGUUACAAUUUACCAUUCUUGCCUGCGUGGAUAAAAUAUACUUUUGAUUAAUCAGGGAAUAUUUUUAAGUUGGAAAAUAGUUCUUAAUUGGGUUUACAUAUUUAUUACAGCUGAUUCUUUUUUUUGACUAAUUAUAAUUGAUAAACCCCAAGUGACUAAUAUUGAAAAUGAAAGUGACUAAAAGAUAAAACAUCAUGACUGUUGUGACCAUAUCUGCAGAAAAAUUUGACAAGAAUAUUAAUUUUGUCAUUUAAAACAGAAGGCUUUGUUUAUACUGCCUGCCUUCAGAUACUUACUUUCCAAGAUUCAUUUGGCUAAAAUAUGCCUUCAGGCUCAUUGUUUGUCCAUACGGAUAUUUUGUCUGUACCUUGGGGAAGGCAUGUUUAUGGGGAGGUUUGAGGGGUGCAAACAUACCUGAUUUGUUCUUCACACAUUCAGAUCUUUCCCACCUGCCUUCCUGCUGAUCCUGAUUCAGAGACCACUCCCUCCCACCACCUUCCCUUGUCCAUGUCCUUCGUGGCCUUUUAACUGAUAAUUGCUUUUGAUAUUAAGAGUGAAAUGGUUAGUGGACAUUGUGGGACUACACCCGUUCCUUAAGUCAUUGGACACGGGGGCGGGGCGGGGGGGUGGGGGAGGAGUUCAGGUUUGGCAUUGGGUGGUUAAUGCUCCCUCCUGGCUGCCAUGGCCCAGGAGUAGGAUGGCUACAAGAUAGCAGCUAUGAUGAUGGGAGUUAGCCCAGAAGCAGUGGUCAGUUAUAUCCCUUAUAGGACACAGUAAGACCCAAAAAGCUGAGCCUAUGAUUCUGCUGUGACAACGGUGCUCAAGAAGUGCCUUGAGUUGGUGUAUAGUGCCAUGGUCAUUAAGAAUUGAAAUGUUCAGUUAUUGCAAGAAUAAAAUGGUCACAAUAUUAUUUUGCAGGUCAUACAUAAGUUACCUUUUUUUUUUUCUCUAUCUGAGAAGUGUCACAUAGAAAAUUUUAUAAAAUGAGAUGGUGAAGUGCUGAAGUGCGUGACAAAAUCAGUAUUCCUUUUUGACAUAUCAACAAUUGAUUUUUAUCCUUACACUGAUUGUGAGUCAGCUAUUUCUUUGGCUUCUUGACUGUGGGUGUUCUGGCUCCUAAGGGUAGAGAUUCCAAAUAAUUAGUCUUCUACAACUUUGUGGAAAUGCCCACUUGGGUAACCCUGAGGUCCUGAAAAACAGCUCUGGAUGUGCACUGCAGCUUUUCAUGUCAAUUUGGAAUGCUGGAAUACCUGGGCACGCCUCUAGAACAUUCUGAGGGUUGACAGUACAUUAAAAAAAAAUUUAAUCUCAUUAUGCAAUCUUAUUUGUAAUAUACUUUAGAAAAGGUGGCUAAUAGCAUUCAAUCUGUUGCUUCAAAAGAACUUAGUUUUUUGUUUUGUUUGUUUUUACUUUUUAACAAGAUUUGUGAAUUAUCAUGAACCAUGUUUGAUAUCCCUUUUUCACUUGUGCCAUUGGAAUGGGGUGUUUGGUAUUCCUUUAUAUGUCAAGGAGAUGCUUCAAAAUGUCAAUUGCUUUAAACUUAAAUUACCUCUUAAAAGACCAAGGUACAUUUACCUCAUUGUAUAUAUAAUAUUUAAUAUUUGUCAGCACAUUCUGCAAGUUUGCAGUUUUACUUCUAUAAAGUUUGAGUAUUAUGUUGCUGAAUUACUCAAAUGGUACUGUAUUGUUUGUUCUUGUACCCCAGAUAACAUCACCUAGACUCUCUGUUUUCUGUACUUGGUUGUAUUUGUGCAGAAUUCUUAUGGCUUUUUCAGCGUAACCUCUGCCCUUUCAGAUGUGUACAGGAAAUGUCCAUAUGAAUUUCAUUUUAGUUGAAUGAUUUUGAAAUCUGUAAAGAAGAAAGAAAACAAAAACUGCAGAUCCCCAUAAAUUUUUUUAAAUGUAUAUUGUAUUUGUAGUAAUAUUCUGGAUGAAGUGUAUAUAGAAAGUAGAAGAGUGAUGCUUACGUCAAGUCCUAACACUACAGUAGAAAGAUGGAAGCAAUGCAAAUAAAUCACUUUUUUUCCCAAGUCUUAGUGGCCUAAUUAAGUAUGGCUGUGUGGGUGUGUGUGGGUGUGUGUUGGCGUGAGCUGUGCUCUAGAUGGGAACCUUGGGAUGACUGUCCAGUGCACAGCAGUAUAUUGUCACCUGCUGGAGAAAGUCCCGCUCAGCCCCCCACCUGCUGCACAGUGCUCUUGCUGCAGGCUCCGUUCCACAUGCUCUCUCUCCUCCAGUGGAUACUAUGGCGCUCUCUAGUGAUGACUCUGCCUGAGUUUAUGCUCAAACAGUAUUACAGUUUUUUUUUUAAUUCUAAAAAAGUUUUAUUAAAUGAACUGUAGUUUAUUAUUUACAUAUUAAAGCAUUUGAAUACGUAUACCUUAAUAAGACUAUUCAAGAUACCAGUGUAUGCAUUCUUCAGUCAUGUGGUUUAUGAAGUAAAUUUAUUUUCCCUAUU